CCUGUGUAGACAAUAACUAUUUGACAAGAGGUAACCUUUGUGGCCCGACUAAUAAGAUUUAAUAAAACCCAGGGUAACUGGUUUACUCUCGUUUCGCCAGCUAUCAAUUAUCGACCCUGCUGUAAAAAAAUCACCUUGAUAAGCCCUCAUCCAUCAUCUAAAUGACUUUACCGUAUUUUAUAUAAAUUUGAAAACGACACUGUUGCCAUAGGAAACACCAUUAAUGCCACCUAUGUAAUAACGAGAUGUAACAUAAUAACUAACUAGCACUUUCUGCUUCAAUGGUCUGACCACCUGAUUUUCACAUAAAGACCGUUAAUUAAUACUCAUAGUGAUUUAGUUAUAUUAUCGUCAUCUAGAGAUAUUGUACUUUCCUCCGAUGAAUCACACCAAAACUUCAAGUUCGAGGAUUUAGGAUGAGUCGAUCGUGAUUUUAGAAGUGGACUAAGCGUCGCAUGUAAAUAACCAGAGUAACACAAUAACGCGAAGCAUAACAGAAUAUGGUGGACAAGAAUCCACGAAUUGGAACCCCAGAGCUGCGAAGGAAGGAUUUUUUGGGGUUGCAGACGGCGAGGAAUUGGGGAAGUGCUCCAGAUAUUAAUAAACUUCCACCGCUGAACAUAAAAGAUGUUCGCAAGUCGAAGACCCGGCAGAUAAACCGGCCUCCGACACCGAGUCCACAAAUGCGGGGGAAACACUUCAACUUAUUCGGAUCUAGUCAAAGAACGCGCAAUUUAUCACCUUCUUCUAAGCAGAGAUUAGAUUUAAGUCUCGAUUUGCAGCCGCUUGUCAAAGGGGGUGGUUUUGUCAAUGGCUUAAGACAAAGUUUAGCUGAGGCCGAAAGCCCGCGUCUUUCCGUUCGAAGUUUGCCUUCGAGUCCAGUUUUACCCCGGAAUGCAAAAGUUCGGAACAGGAAUCCAGCAAAAAGACUAAACAGUGAUUCGGAAGCGUACUUAAAAGGGAAAUUAUUAGGCUCUAAGGAUGAGCAUAUUAUGAAGUGGAUCCGGGAUGUCGAAAGUAGUCAAGAGGAUUUAUUUGCAAUGCCUAGCACCGACACAGCGGAAUGCGGUGGCGAUGCGAGAACUUCUAUAAGUUCAUCAGACUCUAGAGAUCAGGACACUACAAGUGCUACUCCCACACUGCCAGUUAUUAACGAAGGAGACGGUUUUGAUUCUCUUGGAUAAGCAACAGGAAGAUGUUUGUUUAUUCAACUUUGUAUAUUACUUUGGGGUAUAAAUUCAAUUAGGUUCUAUAACAAACAUGACGCUAGCACACUUCACUAGUCGACCUUGACAAAUUUAAUCCUUAAAACGUUUAAAAAACAUUAGUGUGUUAUCGGUAAAUUGCUGGUUUUUCGUCAUUUACAAAAGUAUUCAAGAAUGCUUGCUUGGGUUCUAGUAUAUCGGGUUUAUAAUUAAAUUGAAAAAAAAAAUCAGGCAGAGCACUUCAUGCCCACUUGGAUAUCAGAGCAGAAUUGAUAUGAUCAACGUGACGCAUCACCGAAAUCUUUCUAAACGAUGGGUGUAUUUAACCUUAAGUCUAUUAUAACAGCUUUUAUUUGAUGUUAUAUUAUAUAAUUUAUUAGACAUGAGGUUAGACAUGACGCACCUUUAUUAAAUCAUAUCCAAUAUGUUUUUGCGAUCAAGUCAUUUUAGUCAAGUUCUUGUGAAAAAUUUUUGCCAUAAGACCAACGGAUUGCGCGCUAUAUUGGCUUCACAGCUAGUUAUUAGGAAGAAGGUAUUAUAUAUUGCGUAUCAAAAACCGUUGGUGCUUUUAGGAGAAAUUGGUGAUUUUUUCGAGUUCUUUUCUGGACUAGAUAAUAAUUUAUUAUUUGAAAACAGCUGCAUGCUCAUGGUAAUGCGGAUACCACUAAUGACCAGUUAAAACUUUUGUUGGCGGAACAAUGGCGUACAUGGGUACAUGGGUUCAGCACCUCUGGAGAUUUCUUUGUCAUUGAAAAUGGGUCUAUAUUUAUCUUCAUCUAAGGUCUUUGCAAGAGAGCAUAAAAAAUCAUGAUCUCUUGGUUUAGGUAACUGGACUAAUAAGAUAGACGGGGAGUUAUCAUUUCUCUACAGGCCUGUAGCAAGGGGUAGAGCGCACUUCCCUCGGCGUCCACAAAGCGAUCUUUCCUUUUAUGGAAAAAAUCGCCAUGCGCUAACCCUCAGAAAAUCCUUGCUACUCACCUUGUAUGAUUUGUAGUUUUAACAGAGAAGUAAUGUGCAUUCUUCGUUUUAGUAUGCUUAUCUAUAUGACCUUCUGGUCUUUUGAGGAGAUUAAAACUGUGAACCUGCUCUA